GAGCAGCAGCUGCAGCAGCAGCCAGUUGUUUACGGGUGCUGAUGCAUUUGUUAGCGCACCCCGUGUUGGCUGGCUGUCAACACCGCCCGGCAGGAAGGAAGCGAACCGGCCCUGGUUGCCAGAUAGGGGACAAGGGCCUACAGCGUCCAUAGCUGGUCCAGCCCUGAGACGACGGCACCAUGGCUGACCAGGAAGAAUCCAAGAAGAUGAACGGCAGUGCUAGCUACUCUUCCCAUCUUUCGGAGCCACCCAAAGAGAGCAUACAGCUUAAGAAGGAGAUCUCGCUGCUCAACGGAGUCAGCCUGAUCGUAGGAAACAUGAUCGGCUCUGGCAUCUUCGUCUCCCCCAAGGGUGUGCUAAUCUACAGCGCUUCUUACGGGCUGUCACUCGUCAUCUGGGUCAUUGGGGGCCUGUUCUCUGUGUUUGGGGCCCUCUGCUACGCUGAGCUGGGCACCACCAUCACCAAAUCAGGGGCAUCUUAUGCAUACAUCCUGGAGUCAUUUGGAGGCUUCAUUGCAUUUAUUCGUCUGUGGACAUCUUUGCUGAUUAUUGAGCCCACCAGCCAGGCCGUCAUAGCCAUUACUUUCGCAAACUACCUGGUGCAGCCGCUCUUCCCAACAUGUGAACCACCAUAUGCGGCAGCGAGGCUCAUCGCGGCAGCAUGUAUAUGCUUGCUGACGUUCAUCAACGCUGCCUACGUAAAGUGGGGCACCCGGGUGCAGGACAUUUUCACCUACGCAAAGGUGGCAGCCCUCAUCGUCAUCAUCGCUACUGGCAUCGCCAAGCUGUGCCAGGGUUACACAACCAACUUUGAAUCAUCCUUUCAGGGAUCGUCUACAGAUCCUGGUGACAUUGCACUGGCACUUUACUCUGCCCUCUUCUCUUACUCCGGCUGGGACACCCUCAACUUUGUUACUGAGGAGAUCAAAAACCCUGAAAGAAACCUGCCCUUGGCCAUCGCCAUCUCUAUGCCCAUUGUCACCGUCAUCUACAUCUUGACCAACGUGGCCUACUAUGCUGUUCUGGACGUUAGUGCCAUACUGGCCAGCGAUGCAGUGGCAGUGACAUUUGCAGAUCAUACUCUCGGUGUGAUGAGCUGGACCAUCCCCAUUGCUGUGGCUCUGUCCUGCUAUGGAGGCCUCAAUGCCUCCAUUAUCGCCGCAUCUAGGUUGUUCUUUGUGGGUUCCCGUGAGGGUCACCUUCCAGAUGCUCUGUCCAUGAUCCACAUACAGAGAUUCACUCCGAUCCCUGCUCUCAUCUUCAAUUGUGUCAUGUCACUGAUCUACCUGACAGUGAAGGACGUCUUCCAACUCAUUAACUACUACAGCUUUAGCUACUGGUUCUUCAUGGGGUUGUCCAUUGCCGGCCAGAUCUACCUCCGCUGGAAGGAGCCUUACAGACACAGACCUCUCAAGCUCACUCUCUCCUUGAUUUUUCUCUCUCUGCAGCUGACCUUAUUGUACCCGGUGGUGUUCUGCCUGUGUGCUGUUUUCCUGGUGGCAGUGCCUCUCUACAGCGACACAGUCAACUCUCUGAUUGGCAUUGCCAUUGCCCUGUCAGGCGUUCCUGUCUACUUCCUGGGUGUCUAUUUACCAGAGUCCAAACGGCCACCUGUCAUCACCAAACUGUUGUGCUCUCUGACGUACUUCACCCAGUACACCUGCUACUGCGUGCUGACGGAGAUGGACAAAAGUGAAUAGCAUCCAGAACAGUUUACCCAGCAGUCUAUGCAGCCUCAGAGCCGACAGCCACCAGAGGACCAGACAAGGGAUUCAGCUGUGAAAAAGGGAUUUUGUACUGUACACCACUGUGAAGCUCUCAGACUUCACUCACUUGUUUACAACACUGAAAAUGCUGCCACAGAUGCACAAGGUCCCUUGCAGUUUUAUCCUGGAAUUUAAGGACAUUCAAGUAUUUCAAACCUAAGUAGAGACAGUACUGUUAUAAUGCAUAUUGUGGAUAUUGUCCCAUUAUUACAGUUUCAUUUCUUCAUCACACUAUUCAAUUAAAAUAUUUGGCCUUGUUAGUUUACAGGUAACUAUAUAAAUGCCUUUUAAUAGUAUGUCCCUGUGAGAUUUUACAGGUGCUGUGUACACGACCACAGAAACCUGAUAAUGAUGCAAGUAUAUUACUUUUUAUUUACUGUAACCGAAAGACCUUAUGAGCAGUAUGUGUGAGUGAGCUUAAUCUCACCAGAGAAGAAAAUAUUUAUUGUCUGCUGCUAUGUGAAGAUGUUGACUCUUUAAUGUCUUUGCCUUUAUGUCAUUUUGGUGCCAUUGUCUGGUAGGUUUUGUGUUUGUUCUGUGCAUUUUAACUCAUGUCACCACAUGCAGAACUAGAACGCUGGGCUUUUGUGCGUUUUGCGUAUUUAAUGACCUUUGUGAAUGUUUAAAGUGUUUUGGCUGAGGUGGGUUCAGUGUCUGCAAAAUCCACUCUGUCUGCAUUGUAGGAAGCUGGAGACUUCCUGUUCUUUGUAUUUCCUGUUUAGCUCCAAAUCCAUGUACUCUAAUACUUUAGUGUCCAAUCUGCUGUAUUCAAGACAUCAACACAGUUAUCCAUUGUAGUAAUAUUGUUAUUCAUCUUUAAGUCCUGUUGUGUAACAUUAACACAUCCUCUGUUCUAAAUGUUCUCAUGUAAACAGUGCUUCAAACAUACUGCAUCUCAGUAUCUACAUUUCAUCUUAAAUGGCGCCUCAAAGUUUCAAUCGAGUGCCAUUAAUGAGAUCAUGCUUUCCAAUGGUCUGACCUGCAUACAUGAGGCGUACACACAACUUCCAUAUGUCCACAAGGUGCAUGCUUAUCUACAAUGUCCCAUGUCUUUUUUUUUUUUUUUUUUUAGGAAGCUGUUGAAUGCAAAGGGAAGUGAAACAGUAAUAUAACCACAACUGUUAUGUCUCAAAUAAUUAUUGAAGCACACAGCAUGAAAUGAGAGACAAUCAAACGUCUGGAUUUCAACCCUUCCUGUCCGUGCUGCACGUUUGGCAGCAUUUUGUUCCUAAGCCUAAGGAAUAAAAUACAAACCGUGCUUUAAGCAUCACUUCAGACCUGUGGGAAUUAUUUUCUACAUUCACCUCUUACAUCUGCUGUCACGGGCCUACCUCAUAAAAAUAACACUGCAUUGCCUAAGGAAAGUACCUGAGCAAACCAGCUCCUCAGAUCAUCAACCCUGGCAAUAAUGCUGAGACUGAGUUUCCCAUUUCUUUCACCUUUCGUUUCUCCACUUAUGAGAAAACAUUUAUCUUUAAUGAAACACGUAGACCUCUUCAGGUGUGGAUCACUGGGCUGCAGACUGUCUUUGGAUCUUGAAUCACAAGAUUAUAUGUUUAAUCUCCAAAGUGAUCUUUUGAGUUGAUUUUUCUAAUUAUAUGGUCAAUAAAUACAUUUUUAA